ACAUGUUGCUAAUGUCAAGAGAUUAUAAUCAUUAUAUGCAUACUGUCUCUGAUCAACAACGGUAGGUAUACAUGUUGUAGGAGUGGAAAAUAGUGUGGUAGACUCUUGAAUAGGCUGUCUUCAUCAAAGAACAUCUCAGUCAUUUAUGCAAGGUAGCCAUCACACACCAGAUUAAAGAUUGCAUCGUGACCUGAUUGAAACAUUCAGGAAACAAGUUUCCUGAAUGUCUUUUUCAUCCUGUAGCCCUACUAGCUGGCUGUAGGGCUAGGAUAGGCUACUAGCUGGCUAAAAUAAGUCUCUGCACAUUUAUGACAGUGUAGCGUCUUAAAUAAACAGUCAAAUUAAAUUGCUACUCUGUAGUUCUAAACGGGCUACCAACUACAUUUGGGCUGAUACUAUACAUUUUUGUGGCAUAGGUCUUACGCCUCGUUUCCACAUACGUACAUUCUCGUAUGCGAUCCAACCGUCUCCGACCGAAAGUCCAUUCAUUCCUAUGUGAUUCUCCGUAAUGUCCGUUUUUCCUCCGAGACUCCUCCCCUCCGUAAAAUUUCUGUCCGGAAUGUCCGUAAUAUACGUUCAAAAAAUUGAACUUUCGCCGUCGUUUUACGGAGAUACCGGAUGAAAGUUUUGCUAGCUCGCUUGCUUUUGAGUUUGGAAGACAAAUUGUGAGUAUUUCUGUUUUCAGAUCCUCUAUACUUCAUCAUUUUGAUAUGAAAUGGUUAUAAUGGUUACAGAUCAGUUUAAUAUAUCAUAUGUUUUACAUAAAUAACGGUCAGAUAUCUGUUUGAUCAUUCGUUUGUAUGAGUUUAAUAUAAAAUACAGUCGGAUUUGAUUGUAUGUUGAUUGUAUUAUUUGUAUAGGCCUAAUUUAUGGCUAUGGAUACCCCUAAUUAUAUAAUUAUAGUCUACUGCUGUGAUUUCCCUCAAUAAUUUUAGCGCUCAUUUUUAUUUUUGUUAAAUAGACUUUGCGAUGACACCAACACGAGUGAGAGUGCUCGCUAUCGCUUAUCUAUAUUGGCGCAAUCGCCAGAGAUGGCAGAGACGCAGGGCAUCAUGCUGGACAAGGCAGUUUUUGGCCAAGCGCUUGGAGUUUGGCGCUUAUCACCGGCUGGUCCAGGAGCUGCGACUCGGGGAUGGAGAUGCUUUUAAAAACUUCUUCUGACUGCCCAAGCUGAUGUUCGAUUCUGUUCUGUCCGUCGUGGGUCCAAAAAUCGCUCGGCAGGAUACCACCUACCGCCAGGCGAUCUCCCCUGCGGAGCGCCUGGCAAUCUGUUUGAGGUAAGCUUAUUGAUAGGACUAUAAUUAUAAUAACUAUAAUCCUGCUUACAUGUUUUAUGUAAUGCAGUAAUGCCAUCAGAUGUUGACAUUAGUAUUUGGUGAUAUAUACAGAAAACAGCACAACUUACAGCUUUGUAAGAGCAAGAUGUGUGUGGCAUGUCUAAGCAUUGAUUACAUUGUAAUCAAAAUCGCUACAGCCUUUAAUAGUAAAUUACCUGUAAUGUAACAUUAUUUUUGUCUUUCUGAUUUUAGAUACCUGGCAACAGGGGACUCCUACAAGUCCUUGGGGUACAGCUUUCGGGUUGGUGUUUCCACAAUCUCACGCAUCGUGCCAGAGGUCGCAAAUGCCAUCUGGGAUGGCUUUGUGAGCACUCACAUGCAGAUGCCAAAAGAGGAGGAAUGGAGAGCCAUCGCAGAGGAGUUCGAGAAGGAGUGGGACUUUCCCAACUGCAUUGGUGCGAUAGAUGGGAAACACGUCACGAUCCGGGCUCCACCCUGCUCAGGUUCCAUGUACCACAAUUAUAAGGGGACCUUCUCGAUUGUGUUGCUGGCAGUAGUGGAUGCAAACUACUGUUUCCGGAUGGUGGACGUCGGUGCCUAUGGGAAAGGGAGUGAUGGCGGUACCCUGAGAGCAUCUGCCUUCGGAAAAGCCCUUCAAGCAGGCACACUCCACAUCCCAGCUGACAGAAGCCUUCCUGGUGCUCCCGAGCUUGGUGAGAUGCCACACGUGUUUGUGGGGGACGAGGCCUUCCCUCUGCAGAAGCACAUCAUGAGGCCCUACCCUGGAAACAACCUGACAAGGCAGAAGCGGUUGUUUAACAACCGUCUGUCUCGGGCUCGUCUGGUGGUCGAGUGUGCCUUUGGGAUCCUUGCAUCCAGGUUCCGCAUGUACUACCGAGUGAUGGGGCAAAAUCCUGAGCAUGUGGAAGCCUGUGUAAAGGCAACCUGCAUCCUCCACAACCUGCUGAGGUCAACAGAGGCCACACGUCCAUCAAGUGACGAAGCAGUCCCCUUGGAAGGAGGCAGGCGUCUUGGAACCAACAACUCCACCAAGGAAGUGAUGCAGGAGAGGGAGAGGUUCAUGACCUACUUCAACAGCGCUGCUGGUGAGGUUUCAUGGCAGAAUAAUGUAGUUUGAUACCAUCAUCUUCAUAAAAAAAGGUCCUUUUCAGGGCCACUCACAUCAAUAAAGAGCAAACUUCCCAUCCCUUAAACCCAUAUGAAUUUGUACAGUAUACUUUUCGGAACACGCAUCUUCACUGUGUUAUGAAUAAAUAUUUGCAUAGGUUAUGAUAGGAUAUUUUUUUCAGGCUGAUAAAGUAAAUUAUUUGUGGUUUGUCAUAUAAUCUUGUCAGAUCAUUUGCUCUAUGAGUACUUGUAACAUUAUCUUAUUUGCUUUAAAGUGAAAAGAACCAAAUCAUAAACAAUCUUUUUUUAUCAAGUGAUUUUAUUUUAUUUAAAAAAAUAGAACUGUAACAUUUUAAAUUAAAAGAACAGGAGUCACCAGGUCACAGGAGUUUGUUCUGAAAAAGCCAAAUGACAAAAAGACAGAACAGCUAGGUUAUAGCGACAGGUCGAUCAA